CGGAGCAUUGUGGGAGUCGUAGUUCCACGCCAACCGGACGCCCCGUCCCGGAAGCCGUCGCUCGUCGUCCCGGCCCGUCCCGGUUGCAUCAGCGGCGAUGCGGCUGCAGGUGGCGGCGGGCGGCCCCGCGGCGCUGAAGGUGGUGGCGGCCGCUCAGUGCUCCGCCGCCCCGGUGCGGCUCUGCUGGAGCGCCCCGGCAGAGCAGCCCCUGUCGCCGCUGUGCUCCCCGUGGGUGCCCGCCCUGCAGCUGGACAGCGGCGCCGUCCUCUUCUCCCCCAACGCCAUCUGCCAGUACUUCUUCCUGGCCAGCGGACAGGAGCCGACCGACCUCACCAACCAGUGGCUGGAGUGGGAGGCCACGGAGCUGCAGCCGGUCGUGGCAGCGGCCUUGUACGCACAGCUGGUGCAUGGCAAGAAGGGGCUGGAGGCGGCGGGGGGCCUGGGAAAGCUGCUGGCCUACAUCGAGCAGAGCUUGUCUGGGAGAGGCACUGCCUACCUUGCUGGGGAUACCAGGUCGGUGGCUGACGUGGUUGUGUGGGGAGCCCUGUUCCCUGUGCUCCAGGAUGAGGCCAGCCUGUCAAACGAGCUGCAGGCGCUGAGAACCUGGUUCCGGAGUAUGACGCUCUCAGAGGCCUGCAGGAAAGCUGCUGACUCUGUGCUGAUGCCCAAGGGGCUCCUGGAGUUCAAGUCCUACCUGCAGAAGCAGCCUCCACCUUGCCCGGCCAUGGAGAGAGCCACCAGUAACGAGCCUGAGGAGGAAGAAGCUUCCGAGCGGGCCCUGACAGAGGAGGAAAUCACAGCUGCUGCAGAUGCCUGGGCCCGUGGUGCUGCGGCACUGCCCAAGCCCUGGCACCCGCAGAAACCUGUGUUGCCUGUGGAGGGCAUGAGAAACGUGCUGAUCACCAGCGCCCUGCCCUACGUGAACAACGUGCCUCACCUCGGUAAUAUCAUCGGCUGCGUUCUCAGCGCCGACACCUUCGCUAGGUACUGUCGCCUGCGGAACUGGAACACGCUGUACGUGUGUGGCACAGACGAGUACGGCACGGCCACCGAGACUAAGGCAGUGGAAGAGGGGCUGACUCCUCGGGAGAUCUGCGACAAGUACAACGCUAUCCAUGCUGACAUCUACCGCUGGUUCAACAUCUCCUUCGACUACUUUGGCCGCACCACCACGCCUCACCAGACCACGAUCGCCCAGGACAUCUUUCAGCGCCUGCUGGCCCGUGGUUUCCUGCUGCAAGACACCGUGGAGCAGCUGCAGUGUGAGGGCUGCCAGCGAUUCCUGGCCGACCGCUUUGUGGAGGGCACCUGCCCCUUCUGCAGCUACGAGGAGGCCCGGGGGGACCAGUGUGAUAAAUGUGGCAAACUCAUCAAUGCUGUGGAGCUGAAGAGCCCCCAGUGCAAGCUUUGCAGGGGCAUCCCUGUGGUGAAGCCCACCCAGCACCUCUUCCUAGACCUUCCCAAGCUGGAGGAGCAGCUGGAACCGUGGCUAGAGCACUCCUGGGCCACUGGGGACUGGACAGCCAACGCUCGCUACAUCACCCGCUCCUGGAUCCGGGAUGGGCUCAAGCCCCGCUGUAUCACCCGUGACCUGAAGUGGGGCACGCCUGUGCCUCUCGAUGGCUUCCGCGACAAGGUGUUUUACGUGUGGUUUGAUGCUCCCAUCGGCUACUUGUCCAUCACAGCCAACUACACAGACCAGUGGGAGAGGUGGUGGAAGAACCCCCAGCAGGUUGAGCUGUACAACUUCAUGGCCAAGGACAACGUCCCGUUCCACAGCGUCAUAUUUCCCUGCUCGCUCCUGGGUGCCGAUGACAACUACACGCUGGUGAACCACCUCAUUGCUACAGAAUACCUGAACUAUGAGGAUGGGAAGUUCUCCAAGAGCAGAGGCGUGGGGGUCUUUGGGGACAUGGCCAAGGACACCGGCAUCCCAGCGGACAUCUGGCGCUUCUACCUGCUGUACCUGCGGCCUGAGGGGCAGGACAGCGCCUUCUCCUGGAGCGACCUCAUGCUCAAGAACAACUCGGAGCUGCUGAACAACCUGGGGAACUUCAUCAACAGAGCCGGAAUGUUUGUGUGCAAGUUCUUUGGUGGCAUCGUCCCCGACAUGGUCCUGACAGCAGAUGACAAGAGGCUCUUGGCCCGUGUCACCCUGGAGCUGCGCCAGUACCACCAACUGCUGGAGAAAGUCCGCAUUCGCGAUGCCCUGCGCUGCAUCCUCAGCAUCUCUCGCCACGGCAAUCAGUACAUCCAGGUGAACGAGCCCUGGAAGAGGAUUAAGGGGAACGAGGAAGACAGGCGGCGUGCAGGCACCGUGACCGGUGUGGCAGUGAACAUGGCCUCCCUGCUGGCUGUCAUGGUGCAGCCCUACCUGCCCAGCGUCAGCGGGGCCAUCCAGGGGCAGCUCUGCAUCCCCCCGGAGUGCUUUGUCCUCAGCCACAUCUUCACCUGCACCUUGCCCCCCGGGCACCGUGUGGGCACGGUGAGUCCCCUUUUCCAGAAGCUGGAGCACGACCAGAUUGAAGCCCUCCGCAAGCGAUUUGGGGGAGGGCAGCCUGAAGACCUCCAUGUAGCAUGUCAGGCUAAGCCAACCCCUCCAGCCUCAGACCCUGUCCCGGCUCCAGCCUCUGGCACGGCCGUGGCUCCAGGUGACCCCCAGCUGAUCCAGGAGCUGACAGAACAGGUAGCCAAGCAGGGCAACCACGUGCGGCAGCUGAAGGCCAACAAGGCAGAGAAGGCAGAGGUCGACAGUGAGGUGGCCAAACUGCUGGAACUGAAGAAACAGCUGGCCCUGGCAGAGGGCAAAAGUCCCGAAGUCCUUGUACCGAAGGGGAAACGGAAGAAAUAGCACCCAGCUUCCCUGUACCAUGGGACAGCUACAGCCCUGAACUACAGAGACCAGCCGGAACCGUGCUGACGGUUACACGUGUGUAAUAAAAUGCAAGAACUGUACAA